AUGUCGAAUAUUUUGAACCCCAGCCAGAUAUAUGCAGUAUCACAGGACCGGUCUAAUCUCCAAACGAAAAACACUCCGCCGUACCCACCACCCAAUACAACAUGGGUUGGCGGAUAUAAGUUUGGUGUUGGAGGGUUCGGUGUUGCGACUCUGUGGAUAUUGGUGGGUAGGACAACACUCAGAGCCAUCGAUCGUGUUGUUAUAAAGGACGCCUUCGAAAAGUCAUCGGACUCUACCGUCGAGACGGGCCUUUACAAAGGCAUCUACCGACAACUCAAGAAGAAAGGCCUCGAUUUUGGGGUCGAUCCCACGCAUAACAUCGGUCACGCGGCUUCUCACCUCAGAUUCCUCAAGGAAGCAUAUCUGCAAGUUUCAAUGACGGUGCCUGACACAAGCGAGGAGAUCUACGCCGCACAGCUCUGGGGUUAUUCAAGAAAGCUCCUUGACAGUCCCUACUCACCGGAUCACAAUCACUGGCGAUUGUAUAUGCCUCUGUAUGACUACGGGGAUCUUAAUGGUCUCAUCAAAGCUCACUAUAUCGAGAAAAAGGCCAUACCGGAACCGUUCAUCUGGCAUACUCUUAUCUGCUUGAUGAAGGCAGCCGUCCAGUCGGAAGACCAAGCCCGAUCACGUCCGAAUAACACCGACACAGACGUGAUUGUAGUGUUCGACAUGAAGCCAGGGAACAUACUCCUCGCCGCACCCGACUGA